AGGCACAGGAGAAGAGAGGAGGAUGCCGGCCCCCCUCAGGAUGAGGAGGAGGGGGGCCUGCAGGUCAGCUAUCCCGUCUCUCUCCACCAUCGCUGAGGAAGAAGAGGGACAGCGGAGCUGCAAGAGACGAGGGAAAGGAGGAGGCUCUGACUACCUUCUUAGAGCAGAUGAGAAGUCGUCAUGGAGUCAGCCGGACUCCUCUGCGUCUGGACAGUACACCUACACCAUUCCCAGCCCUACAGACAUACACAUCGUUACCAGACCAGAGCCUCUCACGCUGAAGAUCGAUGAAAGGCAGAGACUCGCCCGUGAACGAAGGGAGGAGCUGGAGAAGCAGAAUGCUGUACGGGAUUCCAAGUGGAUUGAGAGAGAGGAGAGAUCCAGACAGUUUCAUGAGAGACAGCUGGAGGAGCGCAGGAAAAAGCUUGAUGAGCAGCGGGAUAAAGAAGAUAGGAGACGUGCUGCUGUGGAGGAGAAACGACGGCAGAAACUGGAGGAGGAGAAGGUCCGGUAUGAGGCUGUUAUCAGGAGGACCAUGGAGAGGAGUCAGAGAGUCAGGCCUAAGUCCAACCGCUGGAGCUGGGGUGGAACAAUCUCUACUAGCACCUCACACAUCAGCGAUACUGACAGAAGGACAGUCUCCACUAUGAAUCUGUCCAAACCCACAGACCCAGUCAUUUCAAAACGCCUGUCAUAUUCCUCAGCCACCUUGCUGAAUUCACCAGAUAGAGCCUUACAGAAGCAGACAUCUCUCUCGUCGUCUUGCUUGAUUAAAAAAACACAAUCUAAAUCCCAAAUCUCCAAAGAGAAGAUCCCUCAGGACAAAUCAGCAGGUACGCGUCGCAUGCCUCUUACCCCAUGGGAGAAUACAAUGAUCAAUCGACUACAGACACCAACACAAUCCUACCUGGCCAGGAGUCGCAGCGCCAUGUCUUUGUCUGGAGAAGCAGUGACCCACGUUUGUCCUCGCUCAGCCUCCUGUCACCCAGUGAGCUCCAUGUCCUUCAAGUCCAUCCAGUCACGCAGCGCUGAGCGACCAAUCAAAGCAGGCUUUACUUUUGAGAGACCAGUCAGAGCAGGGUAUAUCCCUCCAGAUAGCAGCACUCGCAGAAAGACCACCCAGAUUCUCCCGAUUGACAGGAAGGAUAAAGACAAUGUGAGAAAGUCGUGGAGUAACCUGUCAUAUCCCACUAGCAGUCUGAGCCUGUUCACACCCAAGAGAUCUCCUUCACCUGCCGGUCAUCGCUGCAGGGUCACCAAUCCUUCCCCCACCAGGGGCUCUACUAAACCUCUUCAGAAGACACCUAACCUGAAAAAGUCCAGGUCUCCUCCUCCAACAUCAAUUCCUCUGUCUCCCAGUAACCCAUCCUCUUCACCAGGCAAUCUCAGGCCCAACAGAGUGACAUCAGAGAGCCCGAGAGUUACCCCAGAAGGAGAGGGGGCCAAAAAAGACGAUGUUGAACCUCCUAAAGUUAAACCAGAGGCUCCUACAACUAAAUCAGAACCAUCUCCUGAAAGUUCAGGAAGUUCUCCAACUACACGGCCCUCUGCAGGCACAACAGAUCCUGAGGAGGCAUCACGACUGCUGGCUGAGAAACGACGGCAGGCCAGAGAACAGAGAGAGAGAGAAGAAGAGGAGAAAAGACUGCAGGAAGAGGCUGAAAGGCGUAGCAGGGAGGAAAUUGCCCGCAGGAAGGCAGAGGAACGAGCAAAGAGAGAGGAGGAGGCACAGCGGCAGGCCGAAGAGAAGAAGAGACAAGAGGAGGAGGAGGCAAAGCGUUUAGAGGAGGAGAAAGCUCAGAAGGAGAAAGAGGAAGCGGAGCGCCUGCAGAGACAGAAAGAGGAAGAGGAGGCCCGUCAGAGAGAAGAGGCAGAGCGUCUGCGUCUAGAGAGAGAGAAACACUUCCAGAAAGAGGAGGCGGAGAGAAUGGAGAGGAAGAAACGCCUUGAGGAAAUUAUGAAACGCACACGCCGAUCUGAUCAGAAAACCACCCCACAGAGAAAUGGCGAGGGAAGCCAGCAGAGCGGACAGAAUUCAGCGAGUUCAGUGUCCAGCAGCCCUUCAGUAAGCGUGUCGGCCCCUCAGGCUCCAGAGAUCUCUGAGACCAUACGCAGUGACAGCAACGGACACAUGGGGACCAGCUUCAUUACACCCAAACUGCCCACAUCAGGUCACAGUGUGACUGCCCUGCUCAGAGAAAACGGCACUGUCACAGAGGCCUUCGAGGAAGUCAUAGACGUUCCCACGGGGUCCAAACUGUCCCGUCAAGAUGGAGACGGAGAGGAGGUGGAAAAUGAAGAGGAGGAGAGGAGAAAGGUUCCCUUGUUGGCUUUCAGAGAGAACGGCAGCAUGCAUGAUGUGAGCGGAGUGGAGGAAAACCCAGCACUGUAGAGUUCAGAGCAUAAAGCACUGGGUUUAAGCAACAAGGUGAAAAAGCCAGCAGUCGGCAGGCGUAAAAUGCAUAAUCAAGACGAAUGGAUACAUUACAGUCCAUGAACGAAGACAGACCAUUAUCCUGCUGAAUUCUCAAGAACAUAACAAUGUUGUAUGGAGCCCAACCGAUGAAGAAUACCAGCCCGAUGGAGAAUAUUAGUUUGAUAGACUUAUGUCGCCGCUUUGUUCGGGAUUGUGUGAUUCUCUGGAACAUUCUGACUUGACAAAAUCCCAUGAUGCAAAAUGCAAUCAAGAAGAAAACAUUUUGUAAAUAAACAGCAGCAUGCUUCACUGGAAUACUGUCAAAUUCACAGUAAAGAACCCCUUCAUGUUCUAAGACUUGGCUAUGAAAGGAGAUUAAGAGUGCAGCUGUUCCACUCAGGAUCCAAACGAUAAAAGGAGCAACUGAAAAGCCUCUGCAUCUCUCCCAGUCAGACAGAGGAUGAACCACUGCCAUGUAACGCUGAACGGUCAUUACAGUCAAGAACAACACGCUGCUGUAAAAGCCGAGGUAGAACAGAAACUUCACAGCUUUACAGCCAACCUCUCCAAAUGUCCAACCCCAGAUGUAGUACGAGGCCCAAAACGGAAGUCCAAAAGUGAAAAGCAGAUCUGCCACGGCUAAAUUGAGGAUCAGGAUGUUGAUAAGCAAUCUAAACUUCUCAUACAGCACCAGGAUGACCAGAACCAGCAGGUUACCAAUGCAACUAAACACAACCAGCAAAGCGAAAUAAACUGGAAUAACAAUGGAUCCAAUUUUGACCACCUCUUCUUUGUGACAAAGUUGGUCUUCUGGUUCUAUAGAUGUAUAGUCUUCAGUCAUGAUGUUCUCUAUAUAAUCACAUUAAUUUUGUUAUUAGAAUUUAUUAUUAAAUUUGAUUAAAAUUAGAUAUUUAAAAAAAAUAUUCACUAAUAAAAUAAUGAGCGAGAAUAUUCUUACCUUAAUUUUUUUUUAGUUCUAAAAGUAGUACUUCUGGCAAUCUUGAACAAAUUGCUAGAAAACGGCACAGCAAAUUGAGGCUACUAUUGAGUGAUGUGGAUGUUUUGAGAGGGAUAUUUGAGUGUUUUCAAUGAUCAGUGGGAGGGUUAAAGGGACCUACUUCAAAACUCAGCCAUUUCUCUUUUCUUUGACAAAUGUGAAAUUGAAAGUAUUGCUCUCACAAUGAAGGCAGUUGUUCUUUAAAGUGUUGUGGCAAUUCCUUAGUAACAUUUUAAGGUAGUUGCCAGUUAAUGGGAGUUUAGAAACUGCUGGUUUACAUAAUAAUACACAUGAUUUGCUUCCUUUUCAUGUUAAUGAGUAAAACUGCCCUUGCAACUUUAAAAUCAAGUUUCAAAAUUAACAUCAACAGCAGGGACAUUCAUUAAAUAGAUGAAGAAAAUGAUUUUCAAAUCAUGUACAGGUGCAUUUCAAAUUAGAAUGUUGUGGAAAAGUUCAUUCAGUAAUUCAACUCAAAUUGUGAAGCUUGUGUAUUAAAUAAAUUCAGUGCACACAGA